CGACUACAUACCUACUAUUAGAGAAAGAAGUCUAAGUGAUUUCAGUGCUUUUAUUUUGUUCUGUUUCCUCAUUCAUUCAUCGCAUUCCCGCAAUCGCUUUCGUUUGCUGCACUCACUUGCGCUGCGUCACCUUCAUCUCAUCCCGCCGCCCAUUCAUAAAAGCUCAGCUCUUGAAUCUACCAGUCGUCCAUCCUGUGGCACGACACAUCCUACGCACAGAUCUUGCCGGCUGCCAUGAAAUACUCCACAACUGCUGUGGCCCUUGCGGCAUUGUCAGCACCUCUGGCAUCCGCCCUCGCCAUCGCUCCUCGCUCCUCGAACCCCAGAGUCGUUGGUCUACCUAUCCAGAAAAGGCACGUCUCAGAUCCACUCGCUCACGACAGAUCGCGGUUAAGGAGGAGGUCAGGAACCGUCGAGCAGACGUUGGACAAUGAAGAGAGUCUGUACUAUGCCAACAUCACACUGGGGACACCGCAACAGUCAUUACGGUUACACAUCGACACAGGCAGCUCGGAUUUAUGGGUGAACACAGCAAACUCUAGCUUCUGCUCUUCAAGGCAAGAUCCCUGCGAAGGCGGCACAUACGACCCUUCCUCCUCGUCUACCUACAAGUUCGUCAACGACCAAUUUAAUAUUUCGUACGUCGACGGCUCGGGUGCUGUGGGCGACUAUAUCACAGACACCUUGAAUUUUGGCGGCGUUGAAUUGUCUGACUUCCAGUUCGGCAUUGGCGAGUCGUCCAGCUCACAACAAGGCGUCUUGGGAAUUGGCUACCCCUCAAACGAAGUAGCCGUCAAUCGUGCCGGGCUGGAACCCUACCCGAAUCUGCCAGAAGCACUUGUGAACGGGGGAUUGAUUGCUUCCAACGCCUACAGCUUAUGGCUGAACGACCUUGAUGCUUCCCAAGGUGAGAUCCUAUUCGGUGGCGUCAACACAGACAAGUACGAUGGUGAAUUGGCCACUGUCCCCGUCCUCCAGAGCUACGGAGGCUAUUACGAGCUCCUGGUGGCCUUGACAGGCAUCUCCGUUGCAGGGACCAACCUGUCUUCCUCAAGCUCCCUCCCUGCGGCUGUCCUUCUCGACUCGGGCUCCACUCUUACUUACCUACCCAACGACAUCGUAACCGAAAUCUACAAUCAGCUGAACGCCGUCUACUCUAACAGCCUCGGUGCCGCGUACAUCGAGUGCAGCAUGACAUCGGACACCUCGACUGUGGACUUCGACUUCUCCGGGCAGACCAUCAAAGUUCCCUAUGACGAGCUUUUCCUCGACGCUGGUACAAACUCCGCCGGUGACCCCUUGACUUUCGAGAACGGGGAGCAAGCCUGCUUGUUCGGCAUUGCUCCAGCACAAGGCACCACGCCUGUCCUCGGAGACACAUUCCUCCGGUCUGCGUAUGUCGUCUACGAUCUCGCCAAUAACGAGAUCUCGCUCGCGCAGACGGUCUUUAACUCAACGACCGACAACAUUCAAGAGAUUAUCAAAGGCUCAAAUGGCGUGCCUAAUGCCACUCCCGUAUCGAACCCGGUGACUCAAGUCGUCGCAUCGGAUGACAACGGUGCCAGCAUCGGCGGCACUACUGCGACUGUUACUGGCGUCAUCGAUAAUGCCGCGCCUGGCCAGAAGAGUGUACCUUUCAGUACACUUAUCGGCACCGUCAUUGCUGUUGCCGGCAUUGCCUUGGCGAUAUGAUGAUCCAACCCUAAGUGUCCUUUGACCAGAUUCAGGUGUGCGUAUCUGGUCAAUGCGACCUCGAAUGACUAAUCUCCUAAUAUCCAACUGAAUAUACCCUUUUCCGGACCGUCGGUGGAUAAAACGACGGCCAAACCAAGUUUUAAUGACUUGACGAUGAAGAUGACAAAUUACAAGCAUCACUGCUGUAUAGAGUUUGCCUUGGAUAGGAUUGACUGGAUUCGGUUGCUUGAUAUUCUCCAAGCGAUGCAUUGCAUAGCGGCUUGGGCAAGCUUAUCGUUAGUUAUUGUUAUGCAUUUUCUGGCGUGUGAGCUAUGAUGCGAACUUCGCACGCGGGCUCGCGAACGAAGAGUCUGCGCUAUGAUUUUACCACAAGUAGCUCCCUUCCCGUUUCUCGGGGAAAGGUUGGCAGCAAUAAGAAAACUUGCAGAC